GACUCUGACCCCGCGCAGGGACAGCACAGGGAAACCAAGGCAGUCAGUGCCAAGCAGCCCCGUAGCUGCUGGGACAGAGCUGGAUGGGAUGGACCCCACCAUGGAGCUGGCAGAUGAUCCCAGGUUCCCUCGGCCGCUGGUGGAGAUGCUGAUGCUGAACUUCAGCGUGCCGGCCGCAUGCUUCUCCCUGCCACCCACCUCCUGGCAGCUGCUGCAGCAGCUGGACAUGGUCCAACUCACCAUCACGGGCCUGGCCACCAUCCUGACAUUGGUGUCGGUCGUCAUCUACGUGGAAGAAGCCCUCUACAUCUACCGCAAGACCAGCUGCCCCAUCAAGAUGAAGACUCUCUGCUGGAGCAGCUCAGCCCCCACGGUCGUGGCUGUGUUCAGCUGCUUCGGGCUGUGGAUCCCACGUUCCAUGAUGGUGGUGGAGAUGGCCACCACGAUGUACUUUGCUAUCUGUUUCUAUGUCAUGAUGAUGGUUAUGGUGGAGGGCUUCGGGGGAAAGGAGGCUCUGCUCAGCACCCUAAAGGACGUGCCCAUGGUGGUGAGCACCGGGCCCUGCUGCUGCUGCUGCCCCUGCCUGCCCCGCAUCACCAUAAGCAGGAGAAAGCUUCAGCUGCUGAUGCUGGGGACCUUCCAGUAUGCCUUCCUGAGAACAGCCGGUGUCUUCCUGGGGCUGGUCCUGUACACUGAUGGGAACUACAACCCUGCUGAUAUCUCAGCGGAGAGCGUGGCGCUUUGGAUCAACACCGUCAUCGGAGUCUCCACCCUCUUUGGGCUGUGGGCGCUGGGAAUCCUCUUCCGACAGGCACGACUGCAUCUGAAGGAGCAGAACAUGCAGGCCAAGUUCACCUGCUUCCAGAUUCUCCUCCUGCUGACGGCCCUGCAGCCUGCCAUCUUCAGCAUCCUGGCCAACAACGGUAACAUCGCCUGCUCGCCGCCCUUCUCCUCCAAGGCCAGGUCACAGCAGAUGAACAUGCAGCUGUUAAUCCCACAGACCUUCAUGCUGGCGGUGGUGGCACGGAUGUAUUACCGCAAGCAGGAUGACAAACCGGGCUACCAGCCUGUCAGCAUCACAGCCAGCAGCAGCAAUGCUAAGGUGUGAGCAGAGGAGGGUUGCAAGGGCAAGAGCAAGUCCAGGGUGCUGCCAGCCCAGCACAGUGCUUGGAGCCUGCUGGGAGCAAAGGCAGCAGAGGGAGAAAGGACAUUUUGGGAUCUGGAAGCAGCCCUUCAGCCUGGGGGGAUUCCUGGCUGGCACUGAAUAAAGAUAAGUUUGUACAUG